AACCGAAACCGGCCUGCAAUUAACCGAAACUGACAGUCCCAAAGAGUACGAUUCUAUAGUCUUUAAACCAUAAUACGAUACCAUAAAGGGAAAAUUAACCAGUCCUUUGGACCUUCUUCUUUAUUUCGUUAUCUGCACAGAGAUCUCUAAACCCAGGCAAAAGUAAAAAUGGCAACCUCUUCUUCUUCUUAUUCUCUCCUAACGAAUCCGUUGACUUCUGCAUUCAUCAAAACCACCCACAAAAGGCUAGGCCUUUUCUUUCACUCUUCAUCUUCAUCGUCAUCACAGCCUCUCCUCAAUCAUUGCCCGGUAGGUUCCGCCACUUCUGUCAGGUACACCAAGAGGAAUUUUUCUGCUGCUGCUUCUUCUGCUUCUUCUCCUUCGGUGGUGUGCAAAGCAGUGCCUGCUAAUCCUCAGACUGAAGUUGAAGGUCUUAACAUUGCUGAGGAUGUCACUCAGCUUAUUGGGAAAACACCUAUGGUCUACCUAAAUAACAUUGUAAAGGGGUCUGUAGCAAACAUAGCUGCGAAGCUUGAGAUCAUGGAACCAUGUUGCAGUGUCAAAGACAGGAUAGGUUUUAGUAUGAUUGAUGAUGCUGAGAAAAGAGGAGCUAUAACACCUGGAAAGAGUGUUCUUGUGGAACCUACAAGUGGAAACACAGGCAUUGGUCUUGCAUUUAUAGCUGCUUCAAAAGGAUAUAAACUCAUCUUAACUAUGCCAGCAUCAAUGAGUAUGGAAAGAAGGGUUCUCUUAAAAGCAUUUGGAGCUGAGCUUGUUUUAACUGAUUCAGCAAAGGGCAUGAAGGGAGCAGUACAGAAAGCUGAGGAAAUUUUGAAAAGCACACCUAAUGCUUAUAUGCUUCAACAAUUUGAUAAUCCUGCAAAUCCUAAGGUACAUUAUGAGACAACUGGACCAGAAAUCUGGGAAGAUACAAGAGGGAAGGUGGAUAUCUUUGUUGGAGGUAUUGGAACUGGUGGUACCAUUUCUGGAGUUGGUAGGUACCUGAAGGAAAAGAACCCCAACAUUAAGGUCAUUGGUGUAGAGCCUACAGAAAGCAAUAUACUUUCAGGUGGACAGCCUGGUCCUCACAAGAUUCAAGGGAUUGGAGCUGGUUUUGUGCCUAGGAAUUUGGAUCAAGAUGUGGUUGAUGAAGUUGUACAGAUAUCCAGUGAUGAAGCUGUUGAAACUGCAAAGCAAUUAGCAUUACAGGAAGGCUUAUUGGUUGGCAUAUCUUCUGGUGCUGCUGCUGCUGCUGCAAUGAAGGUUGGAAAGAGACCAGAAAAUGCUGGAAAGCUGAUUGCAGUUGUGUUCCCAAGCUUCGGCGAACGAUAUUUGUCCUCUGUUCUUUUCCAGUCAAUUCGAGAAGAAUGCGAGAAUAUGCAGCCUGAGCCAUGAUACUCCCCCAUUUUCAAGGUUGUUUAUACAUAUCUUAAUUUUUGUUCUCAAAUUUCAUCUGAAUCACAUCUGUACACACCCACACGCACACAAUAUGUGCUUUCAUUAUCAUCUGCCCCGCCCCGUGUGUACCAUUGAUUAAUUGCAUCCUGGAAUUUAAGAUUAUCCUGUAAUAAGUGGUUUUACAUGUUCCUGGCAAAACAGAACUGUUUUCUAUUGAAAUCUUCCAUGUGUUUCAUUUGCUUGAAAAA